GUGGCUUCCCCACCCCCCAGGAAUAGAUAGCCAGGGCUGUCUGCAAAGUGCCAUUGAUUGGACUUAAACUGCCAACCUUUUGGUCAGCAGUGGAAACAACCCUUUGGACCACCCCUAAGAAUGGAUGUGGGCUAGAGAUUAACAAAGUCUCUAGCGACCUUUGGAUAUGAGGUAGAGGUACUUAUAAGAAAGCUGCAGCUAAAUGUUAUGUGUGAGGUAGUGAGCACUGACCAGUGAACAACUGCCCAUUGGUAGUAAGCUCCCUGCCCUGAGAUCUGCAGGACCAGAAAGAAAUUGGAAGGAUUUUAGAAGUGAUCCAAGCCAUGAUUCCCAUGCUGCACAACUAUGGAAACAGCCCUAGAGUAGUUAGGGGACUUGCCCAGGGCCACACACCUAAAAGGGAAGGAUUUGCCCACUGACCUCCAGGAGGGAUUGGGUGAUGAGGAUUAAGGAUGUGGGGAUGGCAUCUGUUUGUGGAUGAUCCAUGGACAUGUGUUUUAUCUGGGAGGGUCAUCAGAGCCAUCCAGACUCUCGUACUCCCUGGGAGUUGCCUGACACCCCACCCAUUACCCCCCUAAAAGGAGAGAGGAUAGUGAGCCACUGGGACAGUCUACCUGCUCCUGUCCUGUCUGGCAAAGAGGUCUGACAAGAUGUACCAGGUCCCACUGCCACUGGACCGAGAUGGGACCCUGGUCCGGCUCCGCUUCACCCUGGUGGCCCUGGUCACAGUCUGCUGUCCACUUGUCGCCUUCCUCUUCUGCGUCCUCUGGUCCCUGCUCUUCCACUUCAAGGAGACAACGGCCACACACUGUGGGGUGCCCAAUUACCUGCCAUCGGUGAGCUCGGCCAUCGGCGGGGAGGUUCCUCAGCGCUACGUGUGGCGCUUCUGCAUCGGCCUGCACUCGGCGCCCCGCUUCAUGGUGGCCUUCGCCUACUGGAACUACUACCUCAGCUGUGCCUGCCCGUGCCCCGGCUACCGCCCACUCUGCCGCCUCAACUUCAGCCUCAACGUCGUCGAGAACCUGGCGCUACUAGUGCUCACCUAUGUCUCCUCCUCCGAGGACUUCACCAUCCACGAGAAUGCCUUCAUUGUAUUCAUCGCCUCAUCGCUCAGUUACAUGCUCGUAACCUGCAUUCUCUGGCGCCUGGCCAAGAAGCACACAGUAAGUUCAGAGGAGCGAAAGUCUUACAGCUGGAAACAGAGGCUCUUCAUCAUCAACUUCAUCGCCUUCUUCUCGGCACUGGCUGUCUACUUUCGGCACAACAUGUAUUGUGAGGCUGGAGUAUACACCAUCUUUGCCAUCCUGGAGUACACUGUGGUUCUCACCAACAUGGCGUUCCACAUGACUGCCUGGUGGGACUUCGGGAACAAAGAGCUGCUCAUUACCUCCCAGCCUGAAGAAAAACGCUUCUGAGGAAAGCAGGUCCACUGCCCAGAAAGAGGACACUCUGAUCUUUGCCACCUGUGCUCUCUUUAAACCAGGGGGUGGGGAGC